CGCGCUGACAAAAUUCAGUUGCUCGGCGGGUCCCUCGAUCACCUCGUUUCGCGCAAUUCGCGUGGGCGGGUUUACAGGGAAGGAUGCGCGAGCCCGCGACGCCUUAUCCUGAUAACCAUUAUCAACCCCUGGAAGACAGUAUAGACCGAAUCACGUAAACAAAGGAAAGCCUACUAGCGGUAUUGAAAUUCGUGGCCGUGAAUAUCCGCAAGAUGUACGGAGGUGGAGUGCGGGGUGGCUGAAAUAAUAAUGAUACACAUGCUGUCCGAGGACGCUCACAGAUACGUCCAAAUAAAGCGCAAGAGCGUAGCAUUUCUCACGAGUUUUUUUAAAACGAAAAAAUUGCCUUCAGGCAUGAAGAUCGAGGACGAGGAAAUGGAACGUGCGCCGAGAAUCGAGACUCCUGCCGUAAUUUCGACAUCGUGUCAUCGGAGUGGUGAGCACGACAGUGUCGUAACGAGGAUACCGUCGACCCUGAGUGUAGCUGCUGUGGAUGUCGUUGUAGCGUGCCAGCCAUCACCAUCGCACUCCAUCCUUACAUUGACACCGGGAAGGACUAGGAAUAUAGAUCAGGAUAUGGAAGCUCUGAGGCUGAGUCGCCAAGACAAUCCAUUUUUACAGGUCUUGGCCAGCAGGGAGAGUCUAGUGGAAUCCAUUGAGGAGUCUGAAUCCGACGAUGCCAUCCUAAUGUCUCAGGAGCUGGGAGACGCGGAUCCGCUGACCCUGGCCCAAGUACACGAACACCUAGUUCGUAGUCCACCGCCGGCGUCAUGGCCACACACACCAGUCUUUCAUUUCCCGCAUCAGAACAAUUUGGGAAAGUCAGAUGCCAGUCCGCAUUUCACUCAUUAUCACAAGAGCCCAUCAAAAGCGCCCAUUCAUCGCGGCAUGGAGAAAGAAUUAUCUAAAAGUGAACCAUCCAAUGACAUAAGAGAUAGACACUCCCAUCCGUUUUCAUUAUUGAAUCCAACGCCAAUGAGAUCUCUUUCUGAAGUUCGACGUCUGCACAGAUCAGCCGAUGACAAUGUGCAGCUGAUGUCGUCAGAGUAAACCUGAUUCGCAAUCCGCGAUGAAAUGCGGAUUGUGACAGCAAUUAGCGUUCGAAUGAACCGUGAAACGUUCGCCUAUAUGAUUCGUAUUGGAUUUCUUCAUGACGAUUUGCGUGCCCGGGUACAGCGUGCAGUUAUGUAAAGGAUGUUCAGGUACAUCGUUAGAAGAUUCAGAAUUAUUAGAAGUUAAUGAAGGUUUGUUUGUUUAUUAAUUAAAAGCAAACCUCGAUACGCCCAUAUUAUACAGUAUACACGAUCAGAACGUACAGUGAGAUCAGAAUAAUUUUACUCUUUGAAAAAUAGAGAUUGAUAAAUCAUAGGCUGAUCGAACCCAUCCGCUAGUCUUAAUGAGGCUCGAAAAUAGAAAAAUUAAAUGAGAUAUAAAUAACGGAGCCUACUAGAGGGCAGCAAGUGUUAUGAUAAUUAGGCGCUAACAACGAUCGUUUAUGAGAAGAAAAUAUACUGUAAUUAAUAUUGCACAGUAUCGUAUAUAAUGUUACUACAAGAUCUAAAUGACUUACGAUCUAGAAAUCGAAAAGCGGCGAUCGGUAAUACGUGGAGAUCAGGACGUCAAGCGGAUGUCGCCAUGAUUUUUGCGAUUAGCUGGGCCUAGUUUAAUUUUUGCAAGCCGACUAGCUGCGUGUUACGAGCGUUCUCUAAUAAGUAAUAUCGUAAUGAUAUACCAGUGGGUUAAACGUCAAACUCAUAGAAGCUAAUCGACUUUAUACUGUCUAUACCAAUAUUUGUCCUAGUGCUUACGCGUAAUCGCGUACUUGGAUCCGACUGUGAAUAUUACGCCUGAGUAUAUUGUACACGUAGUACAGGAUAUGUAAUAUGCAUAGGAACCCACCUUAAAUUAAUACUGCGCUUAUAGGUAUUAAUGUACAGGGACUGGGAUGAUGAGUUAAUAUACACAGAGAAUCACUACGUGUAUCAAAUGCGAGAGCCUUAUAAUUGCCUAGAGUUUUUUUGCGUGGUUAAUACAUUAAUGAGACAAAUUAAUGAGACAAAAGAACUUUGCGAAUUCGUACUACAGUCGCUUGGUCAUAGAUGGGCGAUACUGUUCCACGUGUUUAUUUGCAAGUUGAGAUAGCAUUAUCGCAUUCGAUAACAGAACAUGGUCUACGUUGUAAAUCAAAGAGAAGAAACUGGCGCCUAGUUCAAGCGACGUAUUCUUUCGGUGUACUAAAUCUUUCUGUAUUUCACUUACGAAUUUAUCCAUGGGAAUGUACUGUGCUUCUUAUUUGGACUUGGCGCAUAUACAGCGUACUGUUUCGUCGCGUCUAGUCGAUAAUAGAGACUGCGUUUAAUUUGCCAAUGAUAACUUUCAGUAGACUUUUUAAACCGCGAUUGUCGGUUGGUGAAAAUUGUCGUGCGACGUUCGACAUCUGUUGCGCUUAGAGCGGUUUAUUAUGAGAAAUUAUAAUGAUGUAAUUGAUAAUGAUAAAAUGAAUUUCAUAAAAAGACUUUUAGCCGUGUACGCGUGCGGCUCUGAAAAUGCAAGUAUUGCAUGAAGAAUUUGUAAUGCGUUAUGAUAUAGGUAAUUCAUGAAAAUUGACACGAAUAAUUAAUCUGAUAGGAAAGUGUGUUGAGAUUUUGCGCAUUUACAAUAUGUCGAGAUCUUUUAAUAUGAAAGUGGAGGUUUUACGAAUUAUACAAAAAAAAAUUCCCUUUGCGUAUCGAUUGUAAUUUUAAUCUUGUUCGAAUUUCUCUAUCGCAAUUAAAUUGUUAAACAACGGAUACGAUUCGUUCCCUCGUGUCUCUUAUCGCCUUGGACUUUGCGAUCAUAGGAUCAUUGCUUGGGAUUGAUUGAUUGAACUAACAAAUCAGGAUCGUAUCGUUUUGUAAAUAUGAUUGCGAUCAUUUAUCCUUCUCUCAAUUUCAGACUCUCUCUCUUUGAUUAUUCUUGUCAUGAGAUGAAAGGAGAUGCUGGGAAAAGUUAUGGCAUACCAUGUAGCAGGGUUUAUACAAAUAUUAAAAAAUAGGGACUAAGGAAAAGGGAACUUAGAAGAUUACAAAUUAGAGUCCAAUUGACUUGGCCAAUGAGAAUUGAGAUUAAUUAUUAUAUAUUAUAUUGUAUAUUCGCGUACGUUAGAGUGUAAAAGAAUGUUUCAAGCGUUCGUGUGGGAGUGAAAGAAUUAAUGGAAUUAAGGGGAGAGAUAUUAAAUGCAGAAAAAGUGGGAGAAAAGAGUAGAAAUGUUUGAGAAUAAUUUAUUAAAAAUCAAGAUGGGAAACAAAGUGGAAUAAUUACAGUAGAAAGAAUUAUUUUAUUCUAGUCAAGUUUCUCAUGACAAAUUGUAUUAAUUCAUUUGUAUGCUACUACCUUAAUGUCGACAUAAACUGACUUAAUGUCAACUAAAUCGUAAUAGCUAUAGAACACCGCAUGGUUCUCAACAGGACAAGAUAUCUUUCUUCUCCUUGUUGCAAUUAACGUAAACGAAAAAGAUGGCCUAUUUACUUCUACAUCACGUUAUCUUGUCUGCGCUCGGCCAAGCGGGAUGCACAAAUUGUAUUUGAAACUGAAAAUCUAUAAAUCAACAUGGUGCUCCGAAAAAGUGUGCACAUUCUAGAUGGAUAACAGGCUGAAUACUAUUUCACGUAUAAUAUCGAACGUAUUUGUUAAUAGUAAACGUAAUUCGAUUUCAACUACUGUAUCGUCUAUUACAUGAAAAUAACUUCGGACUCUCGUAUACAUAACAUACCUUACGAUCUAUUUUCCGGUUGUACGUAUGUCACAUUUAACGCAUUCACGUUCGUUAAAUAUGUAUAUUGUUUUUCAUUAAACGAAAAGUUACAAAUGAAAAAAGAAAUAUAUUUGUGUUACUGUAAA